UGUAAAACGAAAGCCAGUAGUAGUAGUAGAGCCGUCAAAUACAAGCUACAAUAUAUUGAGCAAACUACCAAUAUAGCAAGAUAAUUGUACUGGUUGUUGUAGCAAUUUACGAGGAUCGUGUGCGUAUUUAAAUAUAAUUUCUAUCAGGAUGAGUGUCACUGUGAAGUUUAUGCAGAGGCAUUCCGGUAACUUCUUGAAGGUUUUACGCAGCAAUGCCAACCUUGUUCAUCUCAGCAAGAGGAGUCUUUUUGGGCAGAGGGUUCAUUUGAAACUUUUAAGCAGGAAGAAUAUCAACUGCGCCCGACAGUCAAAUUCUUCAGCAGCUGAGACAGAAAAAAUAGAAGAUUCGUUUCUGAAAUGGUUUCUGUUGCUCAUUCCUGUCACCACAUUUGGCCUUGGGACUUGGCAGGUGAGACGUAGGGAAUGGAAAUUACAGUUGAUUGAAGACCUGAGACGUCUGACCACUGCUGAGCCUAUUGACCUCCCAACUGAUCAAAUUGAACUGAGCAAACUAGAGUACCGGCGUGUUAAAGUGCGUGGGCGCUUUGACCACUCGAAGGAGCUUUACAUCAUGCCGAGGUCGCCGGUCGACCCAGAACGUGAAGCCAGAGAAGCGGGGAGGCUGACAUCCAGUGGCGAAUCGGGCGCCAAUGUCAUCACUCCUUUCCACUGCACAGAACUGGGGAUUACAAUUCUGGUCAACAGAGGUUAUGUUCCAAAGAAGAAGAUUAAACCAGAAACAAGAAUGAAAGGACAGGUGGAAGAUGAAGUGGACCUGGUUGGGGUGGUGAGGUUAACAGAACAGCGUAAGCCUUUUGUGCCAAAUAACAACAUUGAGGGGAACCGAUGGCACUUUCGCGAUUUGGAAGCAAUGACCAAGGUCACCGGUGCAGAACCCAUUUUCAUUGAUGCUGAGCUCGCCAGCACAAUUCCCGGAGGGCCCAUUGGGGGGCAGACACGCGUCUCCCUCAGGAAUGAGCACAUGCAGUACAUAGUAACAUGGUAUGGCCUUUGUUUGGUCACUUCGUACAUGUGGUACACCAAGUUCAUCAAGCGGGUGCCUCUCUAACACCUGAGGUCCUAGAUUUAAUUUGCAAGUUCCCCCUAGGUCUGUGCUUCAGGCCACGAAGGCACAGUCCUCUUCUCACUACUUGAAUGGAUAGUUGUCUUGUUUUGAGAACUAAAAGGGACUACAAUUCUUUAAAUCUAUUCCUUAUUGCUAGAAACUAGUAUGUGUGAACUGUCAAUUAAACAAUCUUGCUUUGAAUUUGGACCAUCCUCCACUUUAAUGGUUUCUACUUUUUAUGGACAUAGUAGGUAUGUUUGCUACAAAUUAGCAGCAAUCACUUUACUUAUUUACUGAAAUUGUAACUGGGGCUGUUAAAGCCAUGAUGCAUAUGCUGACCUACUGCAGAAAAAAAUUCAUUUAGGGGCUCAUAUCAGGAACACCUGCCUACUUGCCACUAUCAUGUCAUACUGCACAGUACAGUGCUAGACAGCAGGCACCUGCAGUCAGCCAUGAUAAAAAGGAUGCAACCAACUUGGAGCCCAUAACACAUGACAUGCUAAGUCACCGGGGCACUUGGAUCAAUGCAUGUAUGUGAUGUGCAUGAAGGCCGCAAAUAAAGGUCCACCCAGUGCAA